AUGCCCAUGAGGGAAGGCAAUCAGUCAUAUGUAACUGAAUUCAUUCUUUUGGGUUUCUCCAAUCUCCGUGAAUUUCAAGUCAUUCUCUUUAUGACUUUCCUUGGGAUAUACUUAGUAGCCUUGGUAGGAAACUCCCUCUUAGUGUUGGUCUCCAUGGUGGACCCCAGUCUUCAAACCCCCAUGUACUUUUUCCUCAGGAGUCUGUCCCUUAUGGAUAUCGGUUACACCACUGUCGUCAACCCCAAAAUGCUCAUCAAUUUACUGUCCAAGGAUAAAAGUAUUUCCUUUGGUGGCUGUGCAGCCCAGAUGUAUUUUGCCUUCCUUUUCGGGCCUUCAGAAUGUUGGAUCCUGACAACGAUGGCUUAUGACAGACAGGCCGCCAUCUGUGACCCACUCCGUUAUUCCCUCAUUAUGAACCGGAGACGCUGUCUGCAUCUGGCCCUGGCUUCCUGGCUAGCAGGGAUUCCCGUGGCAACAGUAAAGACUACACUGAUGUUUACACUGACCUUCUGUGGGCCUAAUGUCAUUAACCACUUCUUCUGUGAUAGCCCUCCUGUCUUAGACCUGGUGUGCACGGACACCUUUGCGCUUGAGGUAUACAGUGUAACUGGCACUGUUAUUGUCCUGAUGCUCCCCUUUGGAUUGAUCAUUGUAUCUUACAUCCGCAUCCUCGUCACCAUCCUGAAGAUGUCCUCCGCCGAGGGCCGCCGCAAAGCCUUCUCCACCUGCUCGUCCCACCUCCUUGUGGUCUCGUUGUUCUUCGGGGCCGCGGGUUCGACCUAUUUCCGAGUCAAAUCCACCUACUCACCUGAGACCAAGAAGCUCCUUUCUCUCUCCUAUACAGUCUUCACUCCUAUGCUAAAUCCCCUGAUCUACAGUCUGAGGAAUCAAGAGGUUAAAUGUGCCCUGAAGAGAAUUCUUGGUAAAAAGAUAUCUUCCUAG